UGGGUGUCCCUGCUGGCCUUGGUGAGCCUCCCUUCUAGAGGGAGGGGCAGAGGGUCCAAAGGAGCUGAGAGGGAGGCCGGGGGGGGGAGAGAGAGAGAAUCCCUUGGAGGGCUUUUGGCUGCCACCUCACAGCAGUGGGUCUGGGUGCCUCCUCCUUUCCUCAGGGGAAGUCGCUAAGGACCCAGAGGAACCCCCCCCCCCCGAGCUACAGUUCUGUCACCCUGUGACUUCUGGAGGGACGAAGGGCACAUUUUCACUCCCAACUUUUUGGAACGGAAAGGCGGCAGCCUUUGUUUCUCCCCUCUCCUCCCCUCCCCAGGGGAGAAUGUGGCCCGUGUGGAGCCCUCGCCUAGACGGGGCCCCCUGGGACCUCAGCUUCACCGAGGCCAUUAGCCAGCGCAUGCAGGUUCCCAGCCACCUGAAGGUAGCUGACCACGGCCGUGGGGCAGGGGAGCAGAGGCCCCCUGAAGAGGACUGGACCCCAUCCUUCCAGAUGCAUGUCCCCGAACGGCUCCUGCUAUCAGAAAUGACAGAGGUGGCCUCCAAGACUCUCCAUGGGGGGCCAUGGAGGCGCCACAGCCCCAGUAGGACCGACACACCUCUUUCUGAGCCCCCCGUUCAGGCUGCGAUUUAUGGGGAACUCCCUUUCCUGGGCUUCGUCACCCGAGCAGGAUCCCAGAAACGCAGACACCAGGCUCAUCACAGCAGAGCACGGAAGGCAAGAGUGCAAGUGAUGGCAGAGGAGACCCCUCAGCUGAGACAGGAAUGGCUGGAGCCGAGCUUGCCCACUGCGUCCCAGAGCCCAGCGCAGUCCCUGGUCCCACACACCCAGUUCCCUCCUUUCCCUCCUGAGGGCAGGGUCUACUCCUUCCAGAAUGUCCUCCAGGUGCUGCGUUUCCUGGGCCAUCACCUCGUCCGGCUCUUCUGGAAACCGGGCCAAGGCCAGCUCAGUUCUCAGGAAACGAGCACCUCCCUGGAGGAGUUUGGGACCACAGACAUGCUGGCGAUGAGGAAGCAGCUGACUCUGAUCUCUGGGCGUCUCCAGGCGCUGGAGGCACAGUGUGUGGGGUGGCGCCAGAAGGAGUUCCUCUUCUAUUCCAUCCUGGUCCCAGCCUCUCUCCUCCACCUGUGGCUUUGGCUGAGGAGAUGACCCGUGAUCUGUCCUGGGUGAGGUGGGGAGAGAGGCCAGAGCUGGUAGUUUUGUUAGCAGCCAGUUACCAGUGUGCGCUUAGUAGGCUUUACUGCCCCCACCCCAGUCUAGGUGCCCUGGGACACACCGGCCAUUUCUGCUAGCUACAGCGGGACUAGGAUGAGUGGCGUGGAGUGGAUGGGAGGGGCCUUCUGGUUGCAUUCUGAGGAGGUCCACUGUUUGCUUAAGGUGGGUGGUGUGGAGUGGGGGGAGGGGGGAAGGAGGCAGCUGGAGGCCAGGCUUGGCUGCUCCUCAGUGGAAUUGGGGAGCCUCCAGGGAUAUCAGGGCCCCCAGAGAGUGGGGUGGUGGUGACGGCUCUCCAGUUCACUCAAGUGGCCCACCUAGGACACAGCGUUGUGUGCGCAUCCUGGCUACAAUUCAGGCGACUGACAUUGAGAAGAAAGGUUGCCUUCGGAAGGACUUCUGGGCCCUUUUGGCCAGGACAGACUCACCUGGAACAACGAGACCCACGCUGCUCUGUGAUCAUCGCUUUGGGACCGCGGUGUUUCCUCUGCAUUCCUGAACCCAUUGGCAUCGUCACCUUGGCGUGAUGACCUGGUGGCCAAGGACAGCAGGUGGCUCCACGUUGGCCACAUCAAGGGGCCCAGUAAACAGCCAGAAGCUCCCAGCCCCUGUGUUGUUCCUUUGGCACAAUCUCCUUGGAGAAUCUCCAGGGCCUGAGGGUGGCUUCUUUUGGGGCGAGAACAGAGCGGACCCCACGGAGUUCAGCACCACCAUCACCACCAUCACCACCACGGCUCGAAUGUGCGGACGCUCCUGUGAGUCCUUCACUGUGUGUUCUCCUCAUCGUGUGCCCACCUGGGCUGGAUCAGAGGGUCCUGAAUUUUAAUAAAAUGCCUGAUAAACUU